AGGAGGCGCUGCUGCUGGUGUGAGCUGAAGAAGCGCUGAAGCCUCGAGUGUUGGAGCGGUGAGGGUCGAUGGUCGAAGGCGGAAAGCAUGCUUAUAUAUUUUAGCACGAUGGAAAUUUUUGUUAGAAUAGGUUUCAUCAAAACUCUCAAGAGACUUCCAUCAUGUUAAAAUGCCGGCGAGGAUUGGACUGGUGAACCAUGUCAAAGAAGCCAGACAAGCAUGAAGUGGGCCGUGCCAAAGGGAGCCGGCUGGCACGCCGGGCACGCUCCUUCAAGGAAGACAUUCUGGGAAAAAUACACCAGAUGAGAACGCCCAGUCGGGCUGCCUCUCCACAGCAGCCACACAAGGCCAGGCCUCGGGCCCGGGACAACGAGCUGGACGCACCCACUACCAACCCAGCAAGUCCAGCCGGCAGCCCAAGCAAGGGUGAUUCACAAGUGAACAAUGACAUGAAGCAGAUCUCCAACGCCUUGCGAUAUUUUCAAGACUCAGUUGAAAAAGACACCUUGGGCCACCUGCCUGGCUCUGCAAGCAUUGUGCUGGAAUAUGUGUUGCACCUUAUCUCGCUUCUCAAGAAAGACCUCAUCAAUGACCAGAGUUCGGUGCUCAUGUCUACAACCAAUCAAGUCUACCAGAGCUUAUCAAGGUUCAUUGAAUGGGCAGACGAUGUAAUGCUGAACAGAGAGCGGGCAACCAUGGAAGGUGUUAACCAGGUUGUCCAAUCUCUUCAAGAUUCUCUUAAGGCCUUGAUUGAAGUCAGCCAAAAGCAGUCCCAAAACAAGGACAAAAACAAGCACAUGGGUACCACUACUCCCAAUGGCAUCUACAGUUCUAAAGGAGACAGCAACAGCCAUCGCAACUCUCUGCCGGAGCUGCCCCUGACCCCUCGUGAGCGGCAGAUCCUGGAGUCUACACGAAUUCCAGACAACGGGGCCACAGUGGUGGCUACAGCGGUGCCCCCCAAGGGCCCUCUCUGCCAUUCGGCCUCCUCCGACAGCAUUCUCAGCUCGGCCCUGCGGCCAGACUUUCCACCUCCCAAGCCGCCCCUCCCGCACUUAACACCACCCAGAAGCCAGCUUGGUGGUUCCAGCUUGGAUGCAGUGGCCCCUCCCCUGCCGCCAAAAAAGAAGUCCGGGGCACUCAGCUCCAACUCUAACCUCCUGGAGCCUCUGUCAGCAGUGCUGCGUUCGCCACUGUUCGGGGACUGGCAAGGCAGCAGCACCCUUAGCGGUGCCAGCAGCUUCGAGUCCUGCCUGCAUCAUUCAGCUGACGAUCUCCUGGGCAUAUCUUCACCAGCCGCCUGGACUGCCACCACCCACAAGACAAGCUAUCAAAGCUUCAGCUACAACACAUGUACCGCUACCGUCAGCGGCCGAAGCGACAGUGUCGACCAGCUGCUUAGUCACUCAUCAUCAUCAACACAUAUAUCAGCCAUGAAGCAGGUGGACAAAACAUUUGCUUCUGUCAGCCACCAAUCAUUUGAGCUGACGGGGUCUGCUUUUGGAACUAGUGUGGAUGAAAUCAAACCAGCCCUUCCCAUCAAGCAACGUUCUGCCAGAACAAGGACACCAUCUCAGUAUGACAACGUUUCAGAUGCUGAGGAUGUGGUAGACGGUGAAAGAUGGAAAAGCGAACACUGGCACACCACAGAUAUGAUGGGCUGCAAGGUGAUUGGCCAUGAGCCAUCAUGUCCACAGCAUGGCCAGCUGACAAAUGCCUCUUCGACAAAAGCUGCAGCUGAGGAUGGCCGACCACCGCCCCUUCCUCCAAAGAAAAAAAUGAUCCAGGAGUACAUCCAGACAUUUGGCAGCUACUCGCAGCCUGCAGAGCAGCAGGAUUUUUUCAACAGUGGUCGUCUGUACACGUACCAAGCUGCACACUACAAGCAAGAGCAGAUGUCUUUUGCUAGCCUGGGAAGCGAUGAGUUCCUUAGCAGCUCUCUGCUAGAUGCAACUUUGGCAGCACCCUUUGAACUGAGUUCUCCACCUGCUCUGCCGCCCAAGAAGAACAGGAGUAGUUCCUUGGGUGUCCAAGAUAGUCUCAUGUUGCCUACGCGCCAGUCCUACGCGUCUCUUGGUUCAGGGACCUGCUUAGACACCCCUCAGCCUUUAAAAGCUAUUGAAGAUGCCCUGCCCGAUGAGAAUGGAGAGAGCUUGAUUGAUCUGCAAGAUGUCAGCGAUCACUUGAUCUUUGGUGAUAACCCAAAUGAUGUACGAGGACUCAAGGGAGGGCCAGCUGAUGCUCUCAUAAUUCAUGCUACUGCAGUACCGGAAAACAGUGAAAAAGAGUACUUCUAUCAGGAGGCCUUCCUAACAACGUACAAGACAUUUGUGAGUCCUAUGGAUCUAGUGAACAAGCUCAUCUACCGCUACAACAAGUUCAUCCAGUUCUCAGACACGCGGCAAAAAUACGCUCGGUGGGCCUUCUCACUCCUGGUUCGUGUUGUGGACGACCUUGGGCUGAGUGAUGCGGGCCCGGACAUGGUGCGCUGUCUGACAGCAUUCUCGCACCAACUCGUGGGCCGGGGAGACCUGAGCCUGGCAAGGGCUCUGCGGGCCAAGGUGGUAGAGAAGUGGGAAGCGCACGCACAACUGCACGCUGGAGGCCCCUGGGGCACAACAGGGGCUGGGGGAGCCCCUCCUGGUUGCGGCGGUAGCCUUGCCAACUUGCGUGUCACCACCCAGCCGGCCACCUUGCUCCAGUUCAAAUCAGAGCUCCUAGCCGAGCAGAUGACCCUGCUUGAUGCUCACCUCUUCCAGCGCAUUGACAUCUCCGAGAUUCUAAUUUGGGCGAAAGAGCAAAAUGAAGAUUCAAGUCCAAACCUGACGAAGUUCACCGAGCACUUCAACAAAAUGUCCUACUGGGCACGUUCUUGCAUCUUGAAGCAGUGUGACGCGAAAGAUCGCGAACGAGUGGUGGUGAAAUUUAUCAAAAUUAUGAAGCACCUUCGCAAGAUCAACAAUUUUAAUUCUUACCUGGCCAUCCUGUCAGCACUGGAUUCUGCCCCGAUUCGCCGUCUCGAGUGGCAGAAGAACAUCACUGAGGGCCUCAAGGAGUACUGCGCCUUGAUAGAUAGCUCAUCGUCUUUUCGUGCAUACAGGCAAGCUCUGGCAGAGACAACACCACCAUGUAUUCCUUACAUUGGCCUGAUACUGCAAGACUUGACUUUCGUGCAUGUGGGGAACACCGAUUAUAUCACAGACUCCAUUGUGAACUUCACUAAAUGCUGGCAGCAGUUUCACAUUCUUGAGCCAAUGAGAUGCUUCAAGAAAAAGCCAUUUUCAUUUAAGCGCAAUGAGCAAAUCAUCGACUUUUUCAACAAUUUUGAAGACUACCUCUCAGAGGAUGCGAUGUGGGAGAUCUCUGAGAACAUCAAGCCACGUGCAGGCCAAAAGAAGAAAGACUACAGCUGAAGCACUUAUUAUUUACACUUUGCAUUUAUCAUGUGCAUCCCUUCAUGGUGCCUGCUUGCUUAGUUCAUUUACCAGACCAGCCCUUUCAGAGCACUGAGUGCUGUUUUAAGACCAGACUUAUUCAGUUUAUGUUUACUCAUGUUCAUUUCAUUAGUGCUCUUUUUUAUGCUUUUAUGAUGAUAGUUUUGAAGAUUUUUCUAUAAUCUAUGUAGUGUGCGGCUGUGACAGCUGUGGACCAUAUAGAGUGUUUUCUUUAUUAAGUCAUUAUAAAGCGAGGCAAUCACUGGUGCUUUUGCAGCCACCACAAGUUAGUAGUGCGAUGUCAACCUUCAGAGUGCAAUUAUUUUAUUAGAUUUCCUUGUUGUUGUAUAGGUGUGUUAGUAUUGCCAAUAAUUUAUUCUUGUCAUUUAGCUGUGUAAAAUUUAUCUUAAGGGCUCGCUUGCCCUUCCAGAUGUGAAAAGUAUGCAAGCCUCAAAGUGUUUUUUUUUACUUUUGAUUUAUAUAGUACUCUAUAUUUAUUGACCUGUAACCAUGCAAGACGUUUUCUUUUUUCCUGUACUUUACCAGACCUGGGACUACCGUUUAUACAACGUUGCCAAAAAAUGUGAGCCCUUCUAAGCAAAGCCUUUUGUCAAAGCAGUUUCAUGUAUGGGGCAGACCCAGCAGACUCAAACUUGUUGCCAUUGAAUUGUAUGCAUGGCACCCUAGUUAACUCUUUCCCUACCAUGGGGAAAAUAGGUGUUUUUUGUAUGUUAGGGCAGAUGUUUUUUCUGACGGAACUACUGCACUCAAUAUUUAAUGUAAUACAUAAACAGAAAGCAAAAUGAAUGCACUUUUCACGCAUAAAAGUUUUAUUAACUAGAUGUAUGUCAUAAAAAAAGAUAAAAAUUGUUAAAAUCAAGAUUGUGCGAUAAUAUUGAACAAGGUCUGUAUAGACACGCUUGUAUCUACUAAGAAAAAAAUGUUAGGAAAAUUACGAGAUAAGCAAAAUGUAUUAAUUAAAUUAAAUUAAUUAAAUUAUGGGGUUUUACGUGCCAAAACCAGUUCUGAUUAUGAGGCACGCCGUAGUGGGGGACUCCGGAAAUUUGGACCACCUAAGCAAAAUGUAUUGCCGUCUAUUAGGCACUAUCUCUGAAAAAAUCUAAAUUUUUAAUUGAACAGGUGUUCCGCUACAAAAAUUUAACUGCAAGCACUACAGUUGGGCGUACUGGGCUGCAGCCACCGAUAUUCCGGGCUGGUUUGCGUCGUUGUCGCUUUCAGACUGAAAGUCCAACGAAAGCUCUGCGUCCUCUGACUCGCUGCUAUUCAGUGUAUCGAUAAGAUCAGCCGCAGAGGCAGCGGAAUCGCGAUAUUUGCGAUCUCCCGAAGCGCGCGCGCCGUAUCCGGAGCCGGCCAUUUUUUCGUUCUCCUUUGACGAUCGCAAAACUUCUGAAUACGUUUAAAAAUCACUGCCUCGUGGAAAAAAUCGAACUGCUUAGAAAACUAAAAUAUAGUUCUCCUCCUUCACAUCCGAUAGCGCAGUAUGUCCGUGAGUGGUGCGGAAGGUCUCCAAAGCGGCGUUUCAAACCAUCGAUAGAGGGCUAACCAUGCCCAAUUGGCGCGGUACGGAAAGAGUUAAGGGGGCCCACAACGAUGGUGAGUUGACACAUUCUGUGGAUAAAGCAUGGAGCUGUGAUGAACAUAUUGCACAAGCUUUGUAGUUGUAGGCAGCACAUAAAGAUAGCGCCCCCUCUUCAUGUAGAGCCAUUUUUGACUCUGCUCUCCGGCGGCCAGCUAAUGUCGGGUUGUAAUGGCCCAUAGACACCAGCCAUUGGGUGACUGUUUCUUACCAUGACUUACCCGUGUGCAUAAUAUGCACAACCUUGCUGGUCUGUUAGGGAUUAGUACUAGGAAACGGAGAAGUGGUGGUUUUUAACGCGUCUCAUCACCGCUCUUUUGUUGCUCUUAGGAAGCUUUGUCCGAGGCCCUCCUUGUAAGGUUACCAUAAGCACACCACAGAAAAAAAGGAAAAGAAAGAUGCGAUGGGCAGGAAAAGGUUUUCAUGGCUUCUUUAAAGCUUCACCUGCCAUUUUCAAGUAAAGACAUUAGUGUUGAAGAAGAGGGAAAUAUGUAUGCAUGAAGCACCAUGUGCACCAGACCACAUGGUGUUUUCAGAGCACUGAAGUAGUGCAAAAGUUCAAUUUUCAUGCAGCUUCACCACAUAGCAUGGAACUUAAGUGUGCUAUGUGGUGAACAUGUGGCAGUAGCGCACCCAGGAUCUCUGCCAGGGGGGGGUUGACAGUUUGCCAAUACCAUCUAAACAGACACUAAUUUCAAUUUCUGCACGGGAAAUUGUCAAAAAAUGCGCUUUUUGCGAGUGUGCAGACGAUUGCGCAUCUUGCAUCUUAGUUGUAGUACUCAAAUGCGCAAGGAAAGACAAGGUGUUAAACAAAAGGGGUGGUUAAGUCGGCCUCAGGGGGGGGGUUACAACCCCUAAACACCCCCCCCCCCCCCCUGUCGGUGCGCCACUGACAUGUGGGGAAGUUAUGCACCGGUCCAUUGAAUUCUGGGAACAUUGUGUUAGCUGCUACGAAAUUUCACAUUUUCAUGGGCUCCCAUUGUACAACAAUUUUUGUAAUUGGGGAUACAUUUACAGGGUUCGUACAGAACAUUUGACUCAAAAUUCAAGCACAUUUCAAGGAUGCCGAAGGCAUAAUUCAAGGAGGGUGGAACAAGCCUGAUUCAUACAAAUACACUUAAAUAUAGAGAAAUGUCCUUCUUAGCUGCAAUUUAUUCCAGCUAAGCAGCUGCUGAGUUUGACACAUGCUUCAGGCUCUUCAGGUCGCUUUUCUAAGAUAACUUUCCCAUUGUCACUUCAUUUCUCCGAAUUCUUUUCCCUGUCACUCCCUAACCCUUUACCCCAGCUAUGAAGUAGCAAGCCAGAGUUCUCAUGCCGACCUCUCCACCUCUCAUUAAACUUCGCUGUGUCUCCCAUCGUAUUGACGUCAGUUGCAUUCUGACAUGGUGGUUAGUAGUGUAAGACUUCAGCCAAAGAUACGUGUCGUGUUAAAGUCAAAUGGCUGAAACUUAAUUUCCGCCUGGCAUUUUUAGAGCCUAGGGCUUGAAAAUGGAGCCAUGAUGGCUGUAGUGUGAACCAACUAGCAAAACAACAAUAUUGUGGCACGGCUUGCAUGGUCACUUGAUCUGGCUUUGUCUAGCUCCACGAUGGCAACAAUAAUUUAAACAAGCCUGUUGUUAGUGGCUGUAGACGCACCACAUUUCAAUCAUUUAAGUGACACUAUCUCAAAAGAAAAUAUCUAGAAUUAUUUCCCAAUAGACAGUGUCUAUAGCAUAGCCCCUAUGCAGAGUUUGUUACUUUGAAUGUUCAAGGGUUGCCCCCAACCACAGCAUUCAAGUAAUUCAAGGAAUACAUUUAUUUUAAAUAAGUUUAAGGGCUCUUCAAUCUCUUUACAAAUUCAAGGGGUUUCAAGUAUUUCAAGGAGGGGUACAAACCCUGAUUUGUCAUGGUUCUGAAGAAUGUCUUUUUUUCUUUUUCUUUUCCCUUGACAUAGCAGGUUUGAGUCUGCUGGGUUCCCUUGCUCAUGCAUCACAACCUCUUGUUGCAGUGCACAAAUGGAACCAAAACUGAACAGGAUACGGUGCUGUUAUCUAACUGUACUGACACACAAUGUAAUGAAAAUGAGAAGUUAUAUAGUGUGACCAUGUGCAGCUGUAAGAAUUGUACACUUAACUGUGAGUGUAGAAUGCCUUUUGCAUCCUUGUACACUAAUGCACAUAGGCCUUGUAACCAUGUUCAGUUUACUUUUGUUUCCAUUUACACGUUCAUUAAAGGGCCCCUCACCAGACCCCAUUGCAAAUUGGGUUAUACACUGGAAGUUGUACAGCGCCAUCUAGGGAGCAUUCUUAAUGGUAUAAUUUUUUAAGCCAGUUCAAUAUUGGAGAAGAUGGAAGAAAUUGAACUGUCCUGUUACCACGCUGCCAGGAGGCGAGCGCCACUGUCAACAGCGAGUUUUUCCCCCUUUGCCUCAACCGGAGCCGAGGGACCGCAUCGUGUUCACAUGAUGAUCCCCAUCUCCUCUGCUGCGCAGUACAUUUUCAGUGGCGGCAUCGCGCAUUCAUCAUUAUAUGACCAACCCAAAUUGCAUGCCAUUGUCGGUUAUGUUGCAAGCAGUGUGUCUUGUGUAGAGGAGAUGUGCAUGUAACCUUGACUCUGGCUUGAAGCGCUGCUCCCUUGAGAUGAGUGCACAGCCUUCUGUUUGAAGUUCGACUAUUUUUUCCACAUCACAGCCGUUUCAUACUUUGCAAGCACGAUUGCCACCGCGUGGUGAACCCAUCGCGCUUAUUUGUUUGCAGUACCCAAACCUGGUGAGGGGCUCUUUAAAAUUAGCAUGCUUUUCCCUUUCUGAUAACUGCUCUCACAUCUCGUAUGAGCUGCAUCUUGUGUGAGUUUGCAUGCAACAAAGCAAUGCUGCUGAUGUGACUACAAGAAGGCUGGGAGGGCGGGGAUAUUUCCAUGCUUGGCACUUUUAGGUGGUCGCUCAGACAGCGGGGCUUUAGAUCUCGGGAGCCAGGCAGUUGACUGAAUCUUUCAUGACCAAGGAAGACAAGGCGGUAUGGUGCAAUGUCAGUCGGCAAUUGUUCAGCCAAAAACAUGCACUGGUAGCUAUGUAAUGUCAGCUACGCUUUAUUACUUAAUUUUUUAGCUGCACUCAGGGAAGUGCGACAUUUUGUCUGCUUUAAUCAGCUGUUACAUAUGUAGAAAUGCUCCAAUUUGAGUUAUGCUAAAAGAUGCAAUGUGCAGGUUUUAGCUAUUAUAAGUUUAUUGAAAUUUUAGCAAACAGCUUGUUCAUUUGCAUUUUGUAAAUGAUUUAAUGAUUUAGUGCUGUGUGGUAAUGAGCUUUGAGCAAAGAUUACUUAAAUUCAUAGGAUGUGCUAGAACCGGGUCUCAUUUCAGUCUUGAGAGUGCUACAGUGUGUAUUCUUAAUUCUGCCAUUUAUGUUGUGUGUGCUGUAACAGUGAAAAUGCCAGGCCAGUGUCUACAGUGCCGUUUUCUCUGCAUGUUUUGCCCCCUUUGUUCCAAAUUAACCUAAACAUUACCUUUAUGGUAGCUGAUUUUAAUUGGCAGCCAUGCAUGAUUCCCCCCCCCCCCCCCCCCAAGAUAAAAGAUAACCAAGGCCCGGUUUUUAUAGUUCCACUUGCUUAUUAAAGCAAAGAUGUCAUAGUGUUGUUUUGGAGCAUUAAAUUAUUCCUGCCCCUUAGCAACAAAGUAUGGUUGAACCUCGUUAUACCAAACAUGAAUAUGGUAUCAAACUAUUGCUAAUGUCAGAACUAAUACUUUGAUAUUGGUCUUGAGAUUUUAUUAAGUACAUGUAUUUUAAUUUUUGUAUACCAAAUCUGCUGGGGCAUAUUAUGGAUACAAUGGAUUCUUCAGUAGAACAGGCGGGCACUGAACACAUGCAGCAGUGCUUCGGUGAAGCACAUGGCCAGCAGCUGUCAUACAGCCGGCAUAUGUGACUCUCCCUGUGUGAUUCCAAUGCUGGCAAGCAUCAUUGUGUGCAUAGCAAGGUGUAUCAAUAUGGCAACGCGAAGGCUCAGAAAUGGCCUCCAUGGUCUCCGAGAUCACACUGCCUGAUCACGGAGCCCAUGGCUCAGUAGCCACGCUCGCUGGUCCUUCAUGCAUCUAGGUGCAGCAAGUCAUCUUAUCGUCUGGAAUACAAGGUUCCAGUGUGUGUGUAUAUAUAACAGGUGUGACGAUGUAAACUUUAAAGCUGAGAAGCACUGCUCCUGUUUCAGCUGCAUGAGAAGAAUUUGGAAUUGAGAGGCUGGAUAUUCAAGUCAAGUAGCUACCAUAUGAAACCAUAGGCACUAAAGCCAAGGAAAGCAUAGAGAAAAUAAACUUCUUUUGCUUAAUUUAACUAGCCAUUAAUUAAAUUUGUGUUAGUACCUUAAUAGUGUUAAUAAAUGAAAAGGAAAUGAAAGUGAAAGACAACUUGACACCAGUGGAAGCCAAACUCAUAGCUUGAGCUAGACACAACCACAUAUGUAAUGUGUAAGCAGAGAAGUGGAGUGGGUACAUGUCAUGCAGAGGCUGUGUGUAUGGCUCCAGGUAGUGGCAAGUUGUCUUUCCUUCCACUUUUGUUGACUUUUCACUUGUUAAUAUUUAUGGAAAUCAUGACAAACUGUGCUCUUUUUGUAUUCAGUGGCUGUUCGUUUCUAAUUCUGUGGUUAUCUACUCAGUUUAAUGAGGUACCCUGCUCUAAACAGUUUUAAAAAAGUGAAGCAGUCUAUUUGGUGCUUCACAACAUGCCGGGUAUGACAAUACCUCAUGUUGACAGUGGGAAUGUUUAGUACAAGGCGAGGUGCAAAGUGCAAGGCCACGCACUCCUCAGUACCAGUCCCUCUGCUUUAACAUGGAUGCAGAAGCAGUCAUGGUACACCCACUUGCAGUGGCUUGCUUGCUUACAGUCAGUGUAAGCAAGCAAGCUCAUUCACAAUCAGCUCAUUGUCAUCAAAAGUGUUUACCAACCAGAAGUACUGAGGCACAACAUUGAGCGCAACAGCCUGAUGGCACAUUGUGUCACAUCACCUGCAACCAUUUUCUUGCAUGUGGUUUGACAGACAAACGACGAAAGGGUGACAGAAAUCCCUGUCGCAUCACCCGGUUGCAUUGCUCACCUUCUCGCACACCAAGUGCUUUCCAUUUUCGUGGUAAUUGCCGACUGAAUCGAGCCAAUCUCAAUUCAACUUAUAAGAUAAAUUUGUAUAUCAUAUUUUGGCUACAGCAAACUUCACACAAUUAUAUUUGUUGUACUCUUUGUUAUAACGAGGUUCGACUGAGUGCAGGCCAGCCAUUUCUUAAUACAGUGAAUUGUGGCUGUGGUUGAGCUGAUAUAAGAUACAGUGGCUUCUUUAACUAUGAACAUUGCAAUUGUGAAAUGGUGGUUCAUGCAGCAAGACUUCCACAUAUUGUUGAGCCCACUUAUAGAUUUCCUCCACUCUUCAACAUCACAAAGAUUGGUGUCUGCCAUUGCCUCUCAUUACAAAUGCGUCACCACUGGUUAUGGCAGGUGCAUGAGCUUUUUCUAGUCUAAUCAUUCUAAGCUUCUUAUCACAAAAAGAAAAAAAAAACUGUUCAAGUCACAAAAUAAAAAAAAAAAAAAGCUGCCUAAGCUGCAGGGUUAU